GAAGAGAGAGGCGUCUCUCCAAAACUGGUUUUUUCUCAGCUUUGAGUGACAGUAGUAGUACUACUCAGCCUCGGUUUUAAGUAUCUCUUCCACAAACACACUCUCCCCCAACUCACCUUUCUGCAACUCCAAUUCUCUCAAAAAAACCCCUUUAAAUUUUCAAAUUACAAGUUAAACACAAAAGCACACACACACUCAAAACAAACACUAUGUCGAAAUAAAUACUAUCUUUUAUGGUUUUCUGUUAAUUUAGAGUUGCUAUUGCUAGUUUCUCUUUACUGUUAAGAAGCAGUAAAUCAUCUACAAGUGUUUUAUUUUUUUUUAAUUUUUUCUUUUUGGGGGGUUGUUCUUGUUUGGUGUGAUCUUCUAGAAGGAUAAGGAAAAAGAAAAGGAUAACCUUGAGAGAGAGAGAGAGAGAGAGGGAGGAGUUAAAUAGUAUUAUGGAUGAAAUGUAUGGACUUGAAGCAACAACGUCGGUGGAAUACUCAGACAAAGGUUUGAUGUCUCCGGAGAAUGAUGAUCUGCUUCUGCCCUCGGAUUACCCGACCUUUAGCUUCCGUGAUCAUCGGGUGCUGCCCUCGUUUUUUGGAUCCGAUGAUAACCAUCAUCACCAUCAUAGUAACAGUAGUCAUAAUCAUCAUCACCAGCAACUUCUCUCGGCAGCUUCGGCUGCUAUAUCUGAAGCGGUUUCAUUUCAACGAGAAGAAGAUGUUUCUAAUCUCAUCAAAACCAAAAUUGCUUCUCAUCCCACUUAUCCUAGACUCCUCCAAGCUUAUAUUGAUUGCCAGAAGGUUGGUGCGCCUCCGGAGAUAGCGAGUUUUUUAGAAGAAAUCCGUCGAAAAAACGAGCCUUAUAAGAGGGACUCGAUAAUCUCCACGUGCUUAGGAGCCGAUCCCGAGCUGGACGAGUUCAUGGAAACCUACUGUGACAUGUUAGUGAAGUAUAAAUCAGAUCUCGCUAGGCCUUUUGAUGAAGCAACUACUUUCCUCAGCAAGAUCGAAAUUCAACUCAGUAAUCUCUGCUCAUCUACUGGUGCCACCAAUACCAGAGGCCUUUCCGAUGAAGGUGGUGCAUCUUCGGAGGAAGAGUUGAGUGGAGGAGAGGUAGAGGGGCAACAAGAGUCUCAACUGAGAGGUGAAGACCGAGAUCUUAAAGAUAAGCUUUUACGAAGGUAUGGCAGCCAUAUUGGUACGUUAAAGCUCGAGUUUUCUAAGAAGAAAAAGAAAGGAAAGCUACCAAGAGAAGCUAGGCAAACCCUUCUUGACUGGUGGAAUCUUCACUAUAAAUGGCCUUAUCCAACGGAAGCGGAUAAGAAUGCACUAGCUGAGACAACAGGAUUAGAUCAGAAGCAAAUCAACAACUGGUUUAUAAACCAAAGAAAGCGCCAUUGGAAGCCGUCAGAGAACAUGCAAUUCGCGGUCAUGGAUAAUCUCUCUGGACAAUUUUACAGGGAUGACUGAUCGAUCGAGGUGCAAUAUUUUUGUACAUUCUCAUCAAAAUCAUGUUUUAAUUAAGUUUCGAGCUUCUGAUCUUGAUUGAUCAUCAUCCCAUCCAUUCCAUAUGUCUAAAAAACUAUGAAACUAAAAGAAAUGUUUAUACGCUAAGCUCUUCUUCUUGCGAUGGUCUAUAUCCUGAUAUAUGUGACUGCUGACAUUGAAUGUAUUGCAGAAAUUUCCCUCAAAGAAAAAGAAAUUGGAGGGAAAUAAGUCUAA